CAUGCGCGUUUACCUGUUUAUUCCCUGAUAUUACAUUUUUUAGUUUUGUUUGACAUUGUAUAACAUUAUAUGUGUAAAAAAAGAAGGCGUGAGAUUUCUGAGAUUUGAUUUCGUAUAUAUUCAUGUGUGUUUCCUAAUAAACUUGGUUUGAAGUUUAGCGCUCGUGUUGUCUACGUUUCUUUCUUUUGUCUCCGUGUUGUGGCGCUAAGAUUUCUUAGUCAUGCAUCGUUACCAACCCGCCCAACUCGCCGCACUCGUCAGUCUUAUUUCUAGUACGAAGGGCUCUGUUAUUUGUUCUAACGUUUUGCUCUCUAAUCCCAGCCUUCUCACGUCACUGAUCGCAGUGUAUAUAUGUCGAGCCCGGACGGCGUCUUGGUAUGCUAAGACGUCUACGUGUCCCCCCGAUCUUCAGGUGCUCGUUGGCGUGUUGCGUCCUUCGGCUGGACAUUCCAGAAGGAUGUGCCGUUUGCUGUGCUCGGAAUGGUGGCAUCAAGUUCGUUUCCUCAAGGAUUGUUUGCGUUUGACUUGUCAACAGGAUUUAAGCCCGCCCCAUGUGAACUACAAAUAUAAUCUGUGGCUGAAGCUUUGCAACCAAGUUACUGAGUGGCUAUGGAACCAGGUCAGACCCACGCUUCCUGCAAGAACAAGAACUAAGGCAACUUCGGAGACCAAGGUGCUCAACUUGAGUGAAUGUGAUGUGCCAGUCAAGCACUUGGAUGUGUUGAGUAAAGGUCCCAAGUUUUGUGUGGAACCGGCCCUUCGCCCGGCAGAACUGGUAUCGGUUUCGAGGUCCGUGGCUCGAAGAGUGCCCGAGGACAGCAGGACUACUUGUGUGGCGGAGUGCACCGAUGUUCUGCUUAAGCAUAGACCAAGGCGAGUGCAUGAUAUUGUCAUGUCUUCGGUUGUUGAUUUCUUGCAUUCCUCUGGCCUCACUUGUGUAGUGUCCGACAAGGAAGGGUUCUUCGUGGUUCUGACUCGUGGAUUGUUUUCCGAGAAAGGAAGCGUGGCUAUUGCCAAGAAUUUUCGAGAAGUGUCGCACAACCCUUCCAAGGUAAAAAAGCAAGCAGUGGAACUGCUCAAAAGCCUAAGUUUAGAUAAACUGGUCAAUAAGGUAAAGAAAGAAAUGGGUGAUACUCUAGAUGUUUUCUUUACCGCUAAGACCCAUAAGCCUGACGUUCCCUUCCGUACCAUAGUUUCUGAAAGGAACACUUGGCUUCAAGUAGUGUCCCGAUAUCUUCAAAAGAACCUUGAAUCUCUGGGUGUGGUUGACCCUUUUCAAGUGGCCAGUUCGGAUAUGCUCGUAGAUUUUCUUAGGAACAACGACUCGGGAGGUUUAAGGGCAUUUAGCCUCGACAUAGAGGAUCUUUACUACUCCUUACCGCAAGCCCCUCUUCUGCAGAGUGUAAAGGAGUGUAUUGGGAAUCAAGAGGACGAACAUGAGUUCACCUCUCGUUCAGGUGUGUCAGUUGAGGGGUUCCUCGAGGUACUGAGGUGUUACCUGGAAGCGACACUUGUCACUUGGAAAGGGAAAGUAUUUGCUCAGAAAUCUGGCGUAUGUAUCGGUUCGUGUGUCGCGCCUAUUCUGAGCACAAUAUUUUUGGCAAAGGUGGACAGGGCUAUACAGGGUAGUCUUGUUGAUCUGGCAAUCAAAGUGUUUCGUUAUGUUGACGAUUACUUGGUUUUCGUGGACAGGUGUGUUUUUAUCGAAAAAAUGAUUAAUGUAAUGAAGGUGUUCAGGGAGCAAGGGCACGGUUUGACGUUCACAUGUGAGGUACCCCGGAACGAUGCUUUGCAGUAUUUAGACCUCCAGUUAGCAUUUAACCCUGAUAGUAUAUGCUGGCGAUAUAAACCAAGGUCUCAAAAGGGCUUGCUCGACUACCAGUCUGGUCACUCCAGACUUGUAAAGAACGGAAUAGCCAGCUCCUGUAUCCGGUCUGCCAUCUCAAAGUCAUGCCCGCAUUUGAUUAGACAAAGCAUGUGUGAACAAGCAGUUAAGUUGCGGCAGGCAGGGUACCCUGAUGCUGUUAUAGCCGCUGUUAGUGAAAGAUUGCUUAAAACCGUAAGAGCAGGUGGUAUGCUGGCGCCGACGGAACGAUGCAAAGGGAGCAGACCUUUCUCGGUAAUCCCUUAUAUUCACGGAGUGUCCCACCGGUUUAAGAGAGUGGCGGCACGCUUUGGCGUCAACGUGGUGUUUUCAGCCAAAAGUAAACUGAAGGAUAUUUGCCCGAGACUGCAGCACCUUGAAAAUAAAAAAAGUGGUAAAAAAGGCAAGUGCACAAUGAGACAUGGCAUUCGUUUCGUGUCUUGUGUAAAAGGGGUGGUAUACGAGACGCCCUUUUCGUGCGGACACGUUUACGUGGGCCAAUCUGGGCGGUGUCUCAAUAUCCGUCUACGCGAGCACCACAGCUCUUUGAAAGGCACACCGUCAUCCCACUUGGCAUUACAUUGCCGUCAGUGUGGCUGCACUCCAAUGUUCGAACAAACAGCUGUGCUAUUCCGUCACAGAGAGCAGCUAACCCGAGAAUUAGUUGAGGCCUGUAUCAUCCGAAAACAUGGCGAUAAGUGCGUGAGUCAACCGUCUGUACUCCUUCACGAUAAAGAGUUUUCAUUCCUAAUGAGCACGUUUUCGUAGUUUCACCGAGUUAAGCCUGCGCAGUUGGUAUUAUAUUUUUCGUUUGUAGGGUUUUUCGGGGGGCUGUUAAGUUUUUCUAAAUUUUUUUUCUUGGUUCCUUUUACACAUGCGCGUUUACCUGUUUAUUCCCUGAUAUUACAUUUUUUAGUUUUGUUUGACAUUGUAUAACAUUAUAUGUGUAAAAAAAGAAGGCGUGAGAUUUCUGAGAUUUGAUUUCGUAUAUAUUCAUGUGUGUUUCCUAAUAAACUUGGUUUGAAGUUUA